CCGUGCCAAAACCUCCACAUGCCACAUGUCCCUCAUCUUCCUCAUUCCUCACCCGUACAAAGCACCAUCCUCCUUCCUCCAUUCUCCACAAAUUGCAUCAAACAUCUUGCCUGCCCGUUCACCAUAGACUGCAAACCCUUCUCCUUCCUCUUCCUCUGAAGAUGUCGGGCCUCUCGUUAGCCGUCGCACCACGCUCCGUUCCACCCUCAUCAACCCCCCCAGACACUGUAAAGACCCAAAGCGUGAUGGGCGGCGUCAUGGGUUCUCUCCGAGUUAUCGAGCUACAGCUCGUAGCCUUCAUAAUGGUCUUCUCCGCAAGCGGCCUCGUUCCAUUAUUAGACCUCGUUUUCCCCGCCUUCGCCACAAUCUACGCAAUCCUGCUAUCCCGAUUCGUAUUCCGAUCUUCCAAACAUCCUUCCAGCGAACCGAGCCAGGUUUUUCACGGAUCGCGAAUGUUCCAACUCUAUGUAGUCAUAGGCACCACGCUGGGCCUUUUCUUGCCGCUCGCGUACGUGCUCGGCGGCUUUGCUCGGGGGGAUGAUCAUGCGGUGAGAUCCGCAACCCCGCACCUCUUCCUUCUUUCCUGUCAGAUCUUGACCGAAAAUGUUAUCAGCGGGCUGUCGCUCUUCUCGCCGCCGGUAAGGGCGAUCGUUCCGCUUCUCUAUACCGUGCGGCGGAUCUUUGUGAUUGUCGACUGGAACCAGGAUGUGUGGUUCAACAAGACGGUUCCGGCAGUAGCUUCCGUGAAGGAUUUGACAUGGCUUUGGUUUGGGAGGGGAUUGGCGACUGUUAAUCUGGUUUACUUUUCGGUGAAUCUGUUUGGGUUUUUGAUUCCGAGGUUCUUACCGAGGGCGUUCGAGAGGUAUUUCAGGGAGAGGGAUGAGGCUCAGGUGAAGAUGGGGGAGAAGGAGCCGGCCGGCGGUGAUACGGCGGUGGAGGACAAGGGAGAAGAGUUGAAGAAGGAUGAAUGAAUGAGGAGCGGUUGGUUUUAUGUUACAUUUGUCUUUUUGCUUGCAGGUUGAAUCUUUAGUGUAGAGAAGUGGGUGUCAUUGAUUGUUUGUCUUUAGGGUUUGUAGUUUCUAUAUAUGGAAAUGGUUUUUUACUUAUUUUAUAUUUGCGUGAUACAGAGAAACAUAAAAGAUGGUUUUAC